UCGCGCGAGCGCCUGCGGGCUGGGAAAUUCGGGAUCCUCACGCAAUUUCUCUCGUUCUUGGGGGUGGGGGUUGAUGUUGGAGGUGGGUGGGAGAGAAGCGACGAGGAGACCUUCCGUUUCGAGACCAUCACCACCUCGCAAUUCGUGCCCCGUCCUAGCUACGUCCAAGAGAAAUGCAUCGAUGCCUCCCCUGUGGUGCAGCGGUGGCUCGAGCGAUCCCGCUACAGGAAGCCGCUGUAUCUCAUCGUGGGGUUGAAGGUGGUCCACGGGGCGAAGGCGGGCCGGUCGCGGACCGGGCGGGAGAUCAGCGGCAAUCUGGCGGCCACCGUGGACGGCACGGUGUGGAGUGGCGGCGUGGUUCCGGUGGCUGGGGGCCCGGAGUUUGAACUCACCCGGUCCAGGAAGGUGGGUAUGGACUGGGAGAACGGGGGGGAUUUCGUUCUAGCAUUUCGUGUCAAACGGAUCAAGGUGGCAAGGAAGACGAACGAGGUGCGCGAGGUGGAGGAUUAUGGCAAAGGCGCCAUGCUGGGGAAUGAGCCCGUAGUACUGGGAGGACCGCGGGGUAUUCUUGUUCUUGAGGAGGACGAGCUGGAAGUGGGCGAUGAUGGGAAAGAGUGGACAGGCGUGCAAAUGACGGAGGGAGACGAGCUCAUUACAGUUGGCGUACCUCGG